AUGUCUGGUUGUUCGGAAUCGGAAGAUUCUGAGACGGUUACUACUGUUCAGCCUUCGGGUGAGGAGACUACUCAGGCACCUCAGUCCACGAGCUCUCCUACCAGUGCUAUACCCAACUCGGGUGAUGUUAUAACUCAGAAUGGUCCUAUCAUUGGUACUGUCAUCUACAGCGAUAUGGAGAAGCAACAACCUAUUCGACAGGAUGUUGAAGUGUUCUACGGUAUUCCUUUCGCCGAGCCGCCGGUUGGUGAUCUCCGUUUUAAGGCUCCUAGGGAGUUCCGUGAGACCUGGGAGGAGCCUAUCAACAUGACGACUAAGAAAAGUAUGUGUGUACAAAGCAAUGGACGAGGUGACGAAGAUUGUCUCUAUCUCAAUGUCUACCGUCCUGCUAAUGUGACUCAAUCAUCGAGGCUUCCUGUGAUGGCGUGGAUCUAUGGCGGAGGAUAUGUUAAUGGCAAUUCUCUCAGCUAUGAUGGUACUGUGUUGGCAGCGGAGCACAACUCUAUUGUGGUCACGAUGAACUACCGACUUGGGCCUCUUGGUUUCUUGGGUUCGUCAGCUUCCUUCGAAGAGGAGGGUACCACUGGGAACUGGGGUCAGCUCGAUCAGCAACAGGGUCUGCGAUGGAUACAGAAGAAUAUUGCUGCUUUUGGUGGUGACGAGGAUCGUGUUAUGAUUUUCGGCGAGUCGGCUGGUGCCUUCAGUGUUAUGUGGCAUCUAGCAGCUCCAGGUAGCGCUGGCCUUUUCCAUGCAGCUAUCCUAGAGUCUGGUACAAGUCACACUGGUGCAUUCUUUCAGCAUACGGAGGAUGCUUACAAGUACUACGACUGGCUUGCACAAGAGGUUCUGGGUUGUAAAGACGGCAACGAUAUGGAAUGUCUUCGUGCUGCUGAUGCGACCAAGUUUACUCUUCCGGAGGGUAUUCGUUUUGAUCCCGCAGCCGCUCCUGAAUGGGCGUCUCCCAUCUUCCCGGUGAUGCCUGUUGGUCCUGUUAUUGACGGAGUUGCUCUACCUGAUGUUCCGCUGGAGGUCGUCCGUGCUGGCAAGCACAAUAAGGUGCCUACUAUCGCUGGUGUAAACCAUGAUGAAGGAACUGGUUUUGUUCUCACGCUGAAGGCUCUAGUCCCGAACGUUCCGCUUCUACCAACUGAGGAGUCAGUUGAGGAUACUAUCUAUUACGUUUUGCAGGACGAAAAUGCUGUACAAGAAGCAAUGGGCCUCUACCAUCCAGAUAAUUUCGCUUUGCUCUAUGGUGAAGAGAACCUUGGCUUCGAGCUGGCCUCUCAAAUGAUCCGAGAUGCCAUCUUUCAUUGUCCUACGAUGGCUUUAGCUAAGGCUCUUUCAGAUCAAGGUGGUGACAGCUAUGUGUAUGGUUUUGAUAUGAAUCCUCUGUUCCCGAAGAGGGUCGGGAACAUCAACACUGGCAACAUCCCUGGUAUGAGCUUUGGCAACUUCAGUGUGACGCAGAUAGGUACGUUCCAUUCUGCGGAGAUCCCCUUUGUCUUCAAGAGUUUCACAGACAAACCAGUCAGUGUAAAGAACCCAGAUAUGUACGACUUGUACAUGGGUCAUCCUCCUCGCAGUCGUGGUGAUGCUUAUCACAACGUCUCCGAUCAGUUCUCUUGCAUGUGGGCUAAUAUGGCUGAAAGUGCUUCUCCUGUUGAUGGUGAUGCUGUCUGUCCUGCUGAGCCUUCUUUGACGAGAUGGGGUAAGUAUAUGGAAAGUGAUGAGAGUCCUCUAGGUCAGUAUCUCCAUAUUGGCAAGGACAGUAUAGAGAUGAGGAAGAUUCGUGAAGACAACCAAUAUCCAGAUUCGGAGUUUCCGAGUACCGAGAUCUGUGCGUUUUGGGAUACCCAUCCUAUUGUGUUUCACAACUUGAGGUCUGAUUUGACUACUACGUCUACCUUCGUUCAAGUGUGA